CCUCAGCUGCGCCCGGCGGUUCCGGCUCCUCCCUCUCCCGCCGCCUCAGCCCCAACCAUGGUGCUGGAGUCGGUGGUCGCGGACCUGCUGAACCGCUUCCUGGGGGACUAUGUGGAGAACCUGAACAAGUCCCAGCUCAAGCUGGGGAUCUGGGGCGGUAAUGUGGCUUUAGAUAAUCUACAGAUAAAAGAAAAUGCUCUGAGUGAAUUGGAUGUUCCUUUUAAAGUCAAGGCUGGCCAAAUUGAUAAAUUAACUUUGAAGAUUCCUUGGAAGAACCUUUAUGGAGAAGCAGUUGUUGCAACCCUGGAGGGAUUAUAUCUGCUUAUUGUUCCUGGAGCAAGUAUUAAAUAUGAUGCUGAAAAAGAAGAAAAAUCCUUGCAAGAUAUUAAACGAAGAGAACUAUCCCGAAUUGAAGAAGCCCUUCAAAAAGCAGCAGAGAAAGAUAAACCAAAAGAAGCCAAAAAGGAUACAUUUUUGGAAAAAUUGGCAACUCAAGUAAUUAAGAAUGUACAAGUAAAAAUUACAGACAUUCACAUUAAAUAUGAAGAUGAUGUAACAGAUCCAAUACGACCUCUUUCAUUUGGUGUCACGCUGGGAGAACUUAGUCUUUUGACUACAAAUGAACACUGGACACCAUGCAUAUUAAAUGAAACGGAGAAAAUUAUAUACAAGCUUAUACGACUUGAUAGUCUUAGCGCGUACUGGAAUGUAAACUGCAGCAUGUCUUACCAGGGAUCACGGGAACAGAUCUUGGAUCAGCUCAAAAGUGAAAUACUUAAAAGUAGCAAUGUAUCUCUAGACCAUCAAUAUAUUUUCCAGCCAAUUUCAGCCUCUGCAAAACUCUACAUGAAUCCUUACGCAGAAACAGAACUCAAAACACCUAAGCUUGACUGGAAUAUAGAAGUACAAAAUAUUGCCAUUGAACUGACCAAACCUCAGUACUUAAGUAUGAUUGACCUUUUGGAAUCAGUGGAUUAUAUGGUUAGAAAUGCCCCUUACAGGAAAUAUAAGCCUUAUUUACCACUUCAUACCAAUAGUCGACAAUGGUGGAAAUAUGCAAUUGAUUCUGUUCUGGAAGUUCAUAUAAGACGAUAUACACAGAUGUGGUCAUGGAGCAAUAUAAGAAAGCACCGGCAGUUACUUAAGAAUUAUAAAAAUGCCUACAAAAACAAAUUAACCCAGGCUAAAGUAUCAGAAGAAUUACAGAAACAAAUUCAGGACUUGGAGAAGGCUCUAGAUGUCUUCAACAUAAUUUUAGCAAGGCAACAAGCACAAGUUGAGGUGAUUCGGUCUGGUCAAAAAUUAAGGAAAAAGUCUACUGAUACAGGCGAGAAACGUGGAGGCUGGUUUAGUGGGUUUUGGGGUAAGAAGGACUCUAAGAAAAAAGAUGAAGAAUCUUUGAUUCCUGAAACUAUUGAUGACCUUAUGACUUCAGAGGAAAAAGAUAAGCUCUUUACAGCUAUUGGUUAUAGUGAGAGCACCUACAACCUAACUUUACCCAAGCAGUAUGUUGCCCAUAUAAUGACAUUGAAGUUAGUAAGCACAUCUGUUACAAUAAGAGAAAACAAAAAUAUUCCAGAAAUACUAAAAAUUCAGAUAAUUGGCCUGGGCACCCAAGUAUCUCAGCGACCAGGUGCACAAGCACUUAGAGUGGAAGCAAAAUUAGAACACUGGUAUAUAACAGGUCUGAGACAGCAGGAUAUUGUACCAUCACUUGUGGCUUCAAUUGGUGAUACUGCAUCAUCCUUGCUUAAAAUUGAAUUUGAAACCAAUCCAGAAAAUAGUACUGCUGAUCAGACCCUGGUUGUUCAGUCUCAGCCUGUGGAAGUUAUCUAUGAUGCUAAAACCAUCAAUGCAGUAGUUGAAUUCUUUCAAUCUAAUAAGGGGUUAGAUCUUGAGCAAAUAACAUCAGCUACAUUGAUGAAGCUGGAAGAAAUUAAAGAGAAAACAGCUACAGGACUUACACAUAUUAUUGAAACUCGAAAAGUCCUUGAUUUAAGGAUAAAUCUAAAGCCUUCUUAUUUAAUAGUCCCAAAGACAGGUUUCUACCAUGAAAAGUCAGAUCUUCUCAUUUUGGAUUUUGGUACAUUUCGGCUUAACAGUAAAAAUCAAGGUUUGCAGAAGACUAGUAAUUCAUCUCUAGAAGAAAUAAUGGAUAAGGCAUAUGACAAGUUUGAUGUUGAAAUAAAAAGUGUGCAGCUACUCUUUGCAAGAGCAGAGGAAAACUGGAAAAAGUGUCGAUUUCAGCAUCCAUCAACUAUGCAUAUAUUGCAACCCAUGGAUAUUCAUGUUGAGUUGGCCAAGGCAAUGGUAGAAAAAGACAUUAGAAUGGCCAGAUUUAAAGCAUCAGGAGGGCUGCCUUUGAUGCAUGUGAGAAUUUCUGACCAGAAGAUGAAAGAUGUGCUAUGUUUGAUUAACAGUGUACCAUUGCCACAGAAAUCAGCACAGUCUCCAGAGAGACCGGUGUCUUCAAUUCCUGUUAUUUCAGAUAGGACAAAAGGUCUGCUUAGUACAUCACUGUUGCUGAAUGGAAUAGAAUCAGAGUCUGAUGAUGAGUAUUUUGAUGCAGACGAUGGAGAAACACAAAGUGGUAAAACAAUGAAGGGAUCAGAACCAAAAAAAGUUGUAGAGGCUCCAAAUGAGGAGCUUAUUAAUCUUCUACUGAAGUUUGAAAUUAAAGAGGUGCUUUUAGAAUUUACCAAACAACAGAAAGAAGAAGAUACAAUUCUGGUAUUUAAUGUUACUCAGCUAGGAACAGAGGCCACAGUAAGAACAUAUGAUUUAAUUGCAGUGUCGUAUUUAAAGAAAAUCAGCUUGGCUUACCAUGAAAUUCAAGGAUCCAAAAAGAAGCCUCUUUACUUAAUUAGCUCUUCUGACAAACCUGGAUUAGAUCUUUUAAAAGUGGAGUUUAUUAAGGCUGAUAAGAAUGGACCAAGUUUUCAAACUACUUUUGAAAAAACUGAACAAACACUUAAGGUGGCUUUUUCGUCUUUAAAUCUGUUGCUACAAACCCAAGCUCUUCUCUCUUCUAUUAAUUUCCUGAUGACCAUUAUUCAAUCAGGUGACCAAAACAUGAGUGAUACCAAAGAUAUACAAAUUUCAACUGAAAGGCAACAAAAAAGUUCAGCUCUGCAGAAAGUGAUUGUAUCCUCUAAAGAUAGUGACAUUAUUGACUUCAGGCUGUUUGCCAAGUUGAAUGCUUUCUGUAUCAUUGUUUGUGAUGAGAAGAACAAUAUUGCUGAAAUCAAGAUUCAAGGCCUUGAUUCCUCUCUUUCUCUUCAGUCAAGAAAGCAGUCACUGUUUGCUAGACUGGAAAACAUUAUUGUCACAGAUGUUGAUCCUAAGACAAUUCAUAAAAAGGCUGUGUCAAUAAUGGGAAAUGAAGUUUUUCGUUUUAACUUGGAUUUGUAUCCAGAUGCUACCGAGGGGGAUUCCUAUACUGACAUGUCCAAAGUGGAUGGUGUGGUGUCACUGAAUGUUGGCUGUAUUCAGAUUGUCUAUCUUCAUAAAUUCCUCAUGUCACUUCUGAGCUUCCUGAACAAUUUCCAGGUAGCCAAAGAGGCUCUCAGUACUGCCACUGCCCAGGCUGCAGAAAAAGCUGCCACAAGUGUGAAAGAUCUUGCUCAGAGGAGUUUUCGUGUUUCUGUCAAUAUUGAUUUGAAAGCACCAGUAAUAGUUAUACCACAGUCUUCUGUUUCCACAAAUGCGGUAGUGGUAGAUCUUGGGUUAAUCAGAGUUCAAAAUCAGUUCAGCCUGGUGUCUGGUGAAAACUUCUUAAACCCUCCAGUAAUUGAUAGAAUGGAUGUACAGCUCACAACACUUAAACUUUCUAGGACAGUGAUCCAGCCAGGUAUCUCCCAUCCUGAUAUUCAACUGUUGCACCCAAUUAAUUUGGAGUUUUCUGUAGAUCGCAAUCUGGCUGCAUCUUGGUACCAUAAGGUGCCUGUUGUAGAAAUUAAAGGACAUCUUGAGUCAAUGAAUGUUAGUCUAAAUCAAGAAGAUCUUAAUCUUCUAUUUAAAAUACUGACAGAAAAUCUUGGUGAAGUUACUGAAGACUUGAGUAAAGUAAAACCAAAACAACAAACAACAGGUGAAAUUAAAGAGUUACUGGAAGUCUCUACAUCACAAGACAUACUUGAUUCACAAGGUACUUUAACAGCUGGAGUGGAAGAAAUUAGAUCUGUAGAUAUCAUUAAUAUUCUGCUGAAUUUUGAAAUCAAAGAGGUUGUGAUUACUUUGAUGAAAAAAGCAGAAAAGAGAGGACGACCUUUACAUGAAUUAAAUAUCCUGCAGCUUGGAAUGGAAGCUAGAGUUAAAACCUACGAUCUGACUGCUGAAGCUUACCUAAAAAAAAUUAGUAUGCGAUGCUUUGAGUUCACUGAUUCUAAAGGAGAGCCUCUGCACAUUAUUAACUCUUCUAAUGUAACUGAUGAACCCCUUCUGAAAAUGUUAUUGACAAAGGCGAACAGUGAUGGACCAGAAUUUAAAACUAUUCAUGACAGUACCAAGCAGAGACUGAAGGUUUCAUUUUCAUCCUUAGACUUAGUACUUCAUUUGGAAGCUUUAUUGUCCUUGAUGGAUAUUUUAUCAUCCUCUGUUCCAUCCUCUGAACUGUCCUCUUCUGAGAAGGAAUCUGAGCUGAAAUCAAUUGUGGGGGAGUCCAGAAGUGUCAUCCAAGUAUCCAGCAGUAAUUCGCAAGAUGAUCUGUUUGAUUUAAAGAUCAUAGCUGAAUUAAAUGCAUUUAAUAUCUUUAUCUGUGAUCAGAAGUGUAGCAUUGCAGAUAUUAGGAUACACGGAAUGGAUGCUUCUGUUUUUGUAAAGCCAAAGCAGACCGAUAUGUUUGCCAGACUUAAGGAUAUCAUAGUUAACAAUGUUGAUUCACAUUCCAUUCACAAAAAGGCUGUCUCUAUUUUGGGAGAUGAAGUCUUUAGGUUCCAAAUGAGUCUUUAUCCAGAUGCCACAGAAGGAAAGGCCUAUACUGAUAUGUCUAAAGUAGAUGGCAAACUUAGUCUCAAAGUGGGUUGUAUUCAAAUUGUUUACGUUCAUAAAUUCUUCAUGUCUCUUUUGAACUUCCUCAACAAUUUCCAGACUGCUAAAGAAGCUUUGAGCACAGCCACUGCCCAGGCUGCAGAAAGAGCUGCUUCAAGCAUGAAAGACUUGGCUCAGAAGAGUUUCCGCCUUUUGAUGGAUAUCAAUUUGAAAGCACCAGUUAUUAUCAUACCUCAGUCUUCAGUAUCACCUAAUGCUGUUAUAGCAGAUUUGGGCUUAAUCAGAGUUGAAAACAAAUUUAGCUUAGUUUCUAAGGAACAUUACACUCUUCCCCCAGUCAUUGACAAAAUGAACAUCCAACUUACUCAGUUGAAGCUGUCCAGAACUAUUUUGCAGACUAGCUUGCCACAGCAAGACAUUGAAAUUUUAAAACCAGUAAACAUGCUUUUGUCCAUACAACGAAAUUUGGCAGCAGCAUGGUAUGUGCAAAUUCCAGGGAUGGAGAUCGAAGGAAAACUAAAACCUAUGCAAGUUGCACUCAGUGAAGAUGACUUAACAGUUUUAAUGAAAAUUUUACUGGAAAAUCUGGGAGAGGCUUCUUCGCAGUCAAGCCCUACACAAUCUACCCAGGAUGCUGUAAGAGUAAGAAAAGAUGUUCUAAUUAGAUCUGAUCACCUCAAAGAACAAGAUUUGACAGACUCAAAGAUUUCUGUGGACCAGAAUGUCUCUCUCCAAUUUGAGUUUCACUUUGAAUCUCUUUCCAUUAUCCUUUACAACAAUAUCAAUCAGGAAUCCAAACUUUCAUUUCAUAAUGACAGUUUCCGACUUGGUGAACUCAGACUUCAUCUUAUGUCUUCCACGGGAAAGAUGUUUAAGGAUGGCUCAAUGAAUGUCAGCAUUAAACUUAAGACAUGCACCCUUGAUGAUCUCAGGGAAGGUAUUGAGAGAGCAACAUCAAGAAUGAUUGACAAGAAGGAUCAUCAAGAUAGCAACAGUUCUAUGAUUGAUAUAAGUUACCAACAAGACAGCAAUGGAAGUCAUAUGGAUGCCGUUCUUGACAAGCUGUAUGUAUGUGCCAGUGUGGAAUUUCUGAUGACCGUGGCAGAUUUCUUUGUCAAAGCUAUGCCUCAAAGUCCUGAAAAUAUGGCCAAAGAAGCACAGGUUCCACUACGACAGACUGCCACAGCAAAAAGCAAGAUAGAGAAAGAUGACUCUGUAAGGCCGAAUAUGACCUUAAAGGCCAAAAUCACAGAUCCAGAAGUGGUGUUUGUUGCCAACCUGACAAAGGCUGAUGCUCCCGCUCUGACAGCCUCAUGCGAGUGUAAUCUUUCUUUGUCAACAUCAAAACUUGAACAGAUGAUGGAAGCUUCUGUGAGAGAUCUUAAAGUACUUGCUUGCCCUUUUCUCCGAGAAAAGAGAAGAAAAAACAUUACUACAGUCUUACAGCCAUGCUCUUUAUUUAUGGAAAAAUGUACAUGGGCUUCAGGGAAACAAAAUAUAAAUAUUAAGGUUGAAGAAUUUAUAAUUAAAAUUUCACCCAUAAUUCUUAAUACUGUGAUGACAAUUAUGGCUGCUAUGUCUCCGAAAACAAAAGAAGAUGAAUCUAAACAUACAUCUAAGGAAAUAGAAAAUCUUUGGGGUAUCAAGUCUAUUAGUGAUUUUAACUCUUGGUUUCUUGGUGUUGACACGGCAACAGAAAUAACAGAAAAUUUCAAAGAUAGUCAACAUACAUUGAUAGAGGAAAAUUGUGCUGUUACUGUGGAAUCCAUUCAGGUUACCUUAGAAUGUGGCCUUGGGCAUCGAACUGUACCUUUAUUAUUGGCAGAGUCUAAAAUUUCGGGAAAUAUCAAAAAUUGGACUUCCUUAAUGACUGCUGCUGCUGACAUGACAUUAGAGGUUCACUAUUAUAAUGAGAUCCAUGCUGUUUGGGAGCCACUGAUUGAGAGAGUGGCAGGAAAGAGACAAUGGAAUUUAAGGCUUCAUGUAAAGAAGAAUCCAGUCCAGGAUAAAAGUUUGAUGCCUGGGGAUGAUUUUAUUUUUCUUCCUGAGCCACAAACAGCAAUUCAUAUAUCUUCAGGAGAUACAAUGAAUAUAACAAUAUCUAAAAGUUGUCUUAGUGUUUUCAACAACUUAGCAAAAGGUUUUUCAGAAGGCACUGCCUCUACUUUUGAUUACUCUUUAAAAGACAGAGCACCUUUUACAGUAAAAAAUGCUGUAGGUGUACCCAUUAAGGUACAGCCCAAUCAUAACCUCAAAGUGAUGGGUUCUCCUGAGAAAAGUGAUAUUUAUGAUGUUGAUGCUGGCCAGAAUUUGGAAUUGGACUAUGCCAGCAUGGAACCUUCACAUCAUGGGAAGCGAUCUAUAUUGAGCCGUCAAGAAAGCUCCUUUUUCACUUUGACCUUUGUACCUCAUGGAUAUACAGAAGUUGCAAAAAUCCCUGUGUCCAGGCCUGGACGGCGAUUAUAUAAUGUACGGAAUCCCAAUGCCAGUCAUUCUGACUCAUUGUUGGUACAGAUUGAUGCAACUGAAGGGAAUAAAGUGAUUACCCUUCGCUCUCCUCUGCAGAUUAAAAACCAUUUUUCUGUUGCAUUUAUCAUUUAUAAAUCUGUUAAAAAUGUUAAGCUAUUGGAGCGCAUUGGAGUUGCCAGACCAGAAGAAGAGUUCCAUGUUCCUUUAGACUCAUAUAGAUGUCAAUUAUUUAUUCAGCCAGCUGGUAUCUUAGAGAAGCAGUACAAAGAAUCCACCACUUACAUUUCCUGGAAAGAAGAACUUCACAGGAGCACAGAAGUCAGGUGCAUGCUGCAGUGUCCAUCAGUAGAAGUCAGCUUCUUACCUCUAAUAGUGAAUACAGUUGCUCUGCCUGAUGAAUUAAGUUAUAUAUGUACACAUGGGGAAGAUUGGGAUCCAGCUUACAUUAUUCAUCUUUAUCCUUCCCUUACCUUGAGGAAUCUUCUCCCAUAUUCUUUAAGAUUCUUACUUGAGGGAACAGCAGAAGUUCAUGAGCUAGCAGAAGGCAGUACUGCCGAUGUUUUACAUUCAAGAAUCAGUGGAGAAAUAAUGGAAUUAGUCCUGGUGAAAUAUCAGGGUAAAAACUGGAAUGGACAUUUCCGUAUAUGUGAUACACUUCCCGAAUUCUUUCUUGUGUGUUUUACUUCUGACUCUACAGAAAUGAUGACACUGGAUGUGUCAAUCCAUGUGAGGCGAAUUGGCAGCCGUAUGGUGCUGUCUGUUUUUAGUCCUUAUUGGCUCAUCAACAAGACCUCUCGGGUUCUUCAGUAUCGUUCAGAAGAUAUUCAUGUGAAACAUCCAGCAGAUUUAAGGGAUAUUAUUUUAUUCUCUUUCAAGAAGAAGAACAUUUUUAGUAAAAACAAGGUACAGUUGAAAAUUUCAACAAGUGCCUGGUCCAAUAGUUUUUCAUUGGAUACAGUGGGAAGUUAUGGGUGUGUGAAGUGUCCUGCCAACAAUAUGGAAUACCUGGUUGGUGUUAGCAUCAAAAUGAGCAGCUUUAAUCUUACACGAAUAGUUACUCUGACACCUUUUUGUACCAUUGCAAACAAGUCAUCAUUAGAACUUGAAGUUGGUGAAAUUGCAUCUGAUGGCUCAAUGCCAACGAAUAAGUGGAACUAUAUUGCUUCUGCAGAGUGCCUUCCAUUUUGGCCUGAAAAUUUGUCAGGCAAACUUUGUGUGAGAGUUGUGGGCUAUGAAGGAUCCUCCAAGCCAUUCUUUUAUAACCAACAGGAUAAUGGCACUUUAUUGAGCCUAGAAGAUUUGAAUGGGGGUAUCUUGGUGGAUGUAAACACUGCUGAACAUUCAACUGUCAUAACCUUUUCUGAUUACCAUGAGGGAUGUGCACCUGCCCUAAUAAUAAACCACACCCAGUUGGACGUCCUCACAUAUAAACAGAGUGGAUCACAGGAAGAAGUGGUAUUGCUGCCAAGACAAGCUCGACUUUUUGCCUGGGCAGAUCCUACUGGCACCAGAAAAGUUACAUGGACAUAUGCAGCAAAUACUGGAGAGCAUAAUCUGUUAAAGGAUGAAUGUGGACAGUUUCCAUAUGAUGCAAACAUCCAGAUACACUGGGUAUCAUUCCUAGAUGGGCGCCAAAGAGUUUUGCUUUUCACUGAUGAUGUUGCCUUGGUGUCCAAAGCACUGCAGGCAGAAGAAAUGGAGCAGGCAGAUCAUGAAAUCACGUUUUCUCUCCACAGUCUUGGGCUUUCACUGGUUGACAAUGAAAACAAACAGGAAGUUUCAUAUAUUGGGAUAACCAGUUCUGGUGUUGUUUGGGAGAUGAAACCAAAACAGAAAUGGAAGCCUUUCAGUCAAAAACAGAUUAUUUUAUUGGAACAAUACUUUAAGAAACAUCAAGUUUCAGAAGACCAUGGCUGGAUUAAAUUAGACAAUAAUUUUGAGGUCAAUUUUGAUAAAGUUCCAAUGGAAAUGCGCCUCCCUAUUCAGUGCCCUAUAAAACGAGAUUUUUUAUCAGGAAUUCAGAUUGAAUUUAAACAGUCUCCACACCAGAGAAGUUUGAGGGCCAGGUUAUAUUGGCUUCAGGUUGAUAAUCAGUUACCAGGUACAAUGUUCCCUGUUGUAUUUCAUCCAGUGGCCCCUCCAAAGUCUAUUGCUUUGGAUUCAGAGCCCAAACCGUUUAUUGAUGUGAGUGUCAUCACAAGAUUUAAUGAGUAUAGUAAAGUCCUACAGUUUAAGUAUUUUAUGGUCCUUAUUCAGGAAAUGGCUUUAAAAGUUGAUCAAGGAUUUCUAGGCGCUAUUAUUGCACUGUUUACCCCAACAACUGACCCUGAAGCUGAAAGAAAACGGACAAAGUUAAUCCAGCACGAUAUUGAUGCUCUAAACACAGAAUUAAUGGAGACUUCAAUGACUGAUAUGUCAAUUCUUAGUUUCUUUGAACAUUUUCAUAUUUCUCCUGUUAAGUUGCAUUUGAGUCUCUCUCUGGGUUCUGGAGGUGAAGAGUCUGACAAAGAAAAACAGGAAAUGAUUGCAAUUCAUUCUGUUAACCUACUAUUGAAAAGCAUAGGUGCUACUCUGACUGAUGUGGAUGACCUUAUAUUCAAACUUGCCUAUUAUGAAAUUCGGUAUCAGUUUUACAAUAGAGAUCAACUCAUGUGGAGUGUUGUUAGACAUUACAGUGAACAGUUCUUGAAACAGAUGUAUGUCCUUGUACUGGGCUUAGAUGUGCUUGGAAACCCGUUUGGAUUAAUCAGAGGCCUCUCUGAAGGAGUUGAAGCUUUAUUCUAUGAACCCUUUCAGGGUGCUGUUCAAGGCCCUGAAGAAUUUGCUGAGGGCUUAGUGAUUGGAGUAAGAAGUCUCUUCGGACACACAGUAGGUGGUGCAGCAGGAGUUGUAUCUCGAAUCACUGGUUCUGUCGGAAAAGGCUUGGCAGCAAUUACAAUGGACAAGGAGUAUCAGCAAAAAAGAAGAGAAGAGAUGGGUCGACAGCCUAAAGAUUUUGGAGACAGUCUAGCUAGAGGAGGAAAGGGCUUCCUGCGUGGAGUUGUUGGUGGAGUGACUGGAAUAAUAACAAAACCUGUGGAAGGUGCCAAAAAGGAAGGAGCUGCUGGAUUCUUUAAAGGCAUUGGGAAAGGGUUGGUGGGUGCUGUGGCUCGUCCAACUGGUGGAAUCAUUGAUAUGGCCAGCAGUACCUUCCAAGGAAUUCAGAGGGCAGCAGAAUCAACUGAGGAAGUGUCUAGUCUCCGUCCCCCUCGCAUGAUCCAUGAAGAUGGCAUAAUUCGCCCAUAUGACAGACAAGAAUCCGAGGGCUCUGAUUUAUUUGAGAAUCAUGUCAAAAAGUUAGAAGGAGAGACUUACCGGUACCACUGUGCUAUUUCUGGGAGCAAGAAGACAUUCCUUAUGGUUACAAAUAGGCGAGUGUUGUGCAUAAAGGAAGUUGAAAUCCUAGGCCAUAUGUCCACAGACUGGCAGUAUCCAUUUGAAGAUUUUGUAUUUCCUCCUAGUGUCAGUGAAAAUCUGCUAAAAAUUUCGGUUAAGGAGCAGGGUCUGUUCCUCAGAAAAGACAGUGCCAAUCAAGGCUAUAUCCGGAAAAUUUACCUGCAUGAUGCCACCACAGCAGAGAAAGCUUAUCAUGCCAUUGAGGAUGCGCAGUCAAUGAGACACCAGCAAAAACUGAUGAAGCAAUCAUCCCUGAAACUUCUCAGGCCCCAAAUACCCUUUUAAAAAUCACAGAUCCAGGGGGCUGCUACUGGGAGAAAAAGCAAUCAUCAGUCUUGUCUAUAUAUCACUUUUCUUUAUCUUGCAAAAGAGAAUUUUGCAAGCAUUCCUUUAGUUUUUAGAAUUUUUUUUGUAGAAUACCUAGUAUUGUUUUUCAUUUUUUUUCUCUUUACUUUUGACUAUAAUUUUGUAACUAUGUUAGCAGUCCACUUUUACACUGCCAUCUUGAAUGAGUCAGAUCCUCAAACACCACUUUAAACUCAGAGUGAAAUUUCCAUUAAUGUUAAAAUUGUGAAGCAAAGGACAAUUGGUUUGUUUUUAAUUAAAGUCUUUAUUGCAGAAUAAGGAAGGAACUUAGAAUGACUGGUGUUCUUUGAGAGUUUAUAGGCAUGGACAAAUGCUGAAUAUUUAAAAGUAAUUUGUUCAAUAAUUGAACCAAGAUAACAUUUUUGGUAAACCAGGUCAUAGACUGAAGAAAAAGCCAGUAGAGAGAGAAAUGUUGUUUCUUCUUUUCUCUCCAAAAAAGUUGUUUUCUCCUAAUAAAAAUAUGCUUCACAUUGGUGCUUAUUUUUUCUUCUUGCACUAUAAAUAAUAGAAAGACACCUCUGUUCUCUGUAAUAUAACAUUCACAAAGUUUUGAAAAUUAUUUACUUGCUCUUUGAAAAUGCACUUAUAUGGCACAAUUAUAAUUUGCUGAUACAUGAAAAUAUUGCACUUUAAGUUUUUCAAGACACAGAAAUAUGAAAAAUUCAAUAUUUUUAUAUUUCUAGAAAUCAUUUUUUAUGCCUUGAAAGAUUUUUAAGGGUAUCUUAACACUUACUGGGUACCUAGAAAUGUAUUCUAAAUACUUAUUAGGAAGAAGAAAAGUCUCUAGUUGUUUUAUAUAUAUAAGUAAAAUAAGGCAUAUAUAACAAUACUUUGGAAAAUAAUUAGUAGAUGUGAUUUUUGAGAAAGCAGGCCUAUGAGAAUCAUUUCUAUGCAGUAUUAUUUUUGUCUUUUAUGCAUCUUGCCUAUGUUGAUCAGAUAUAUAUUGCCUAUUAAAACUUUGUUUAAAAUGCUAAAAGUUCAGUUUCCUUGGUAAAUUUUUAAGUUUGCUCAUGGUUUUUAACAUGGCAUUUAUUUCAAAUCACUGAAUUAUGCAAUGAAGAUGUGGAGACAUUUGGUUUAUAUUGUUUUGUUAUUGUGUGAUAAUGUUUCUACUAUCUUUAUUCAUGUUUUAUAAGAUGGACCUUAAAAUUUUUAAAAAUUUUCCUAGUUAUUAUUUAAUAUAGACUCAUAAAUAUUUCAUCUCUGAUGUAGGAUGGUGGUCACUGCCUUUUCAUCAUUUUUUUUUCUGUGAAGAAAAGUAUCAUAUAUAAAACUUCUAGCUUUAAACAGAACUUCUUUAUCAGUGGUUAGAGUUUAUUAAAAGAAGCCUUUUAACAGAAUUUCAUAGCAAGUAUGCUGGUAUUUUAUGUCUUUGAAAUUGACUUAAUCAGGAAUUUGAGAUAUCUGAUUAUAUUUUCAUGUGAAUCACAGCUAUUGACAUGGUCCUAAAUAUUUACAAAAUUAUAUUUUACUGAUGGUGUGUGCAAAGCAUUGAACUAAGAAAAAAUAAUUUAUAGAAACCUAUAAAUUUGUCAACUCAGUUGGCUUAAAAAUAAACUUUCAGACUAUAAAAUUUUAAUUUGAUUGAACCCCCUGGGACAGAAAUAAUUCACUGAUAAAGUAUAACGUCUUAUGUGUUUUAAAAAAUGUUUUGAAAGUGUAUCACUUGCAUAUGAACUACCGAGAGAAAUAAAAUAUUUGGUGCAUUAUUUACAGCCGUGAAAACUUUGUGGAUUUAUGUUAAAUACUGAAAUGACAUU